AUGGGCCCGACCAUCGUCUUGAUCACCGGCGGAAACCGUGGCCUUGGACACGCGCUCGUCAAGCGGUUCCUAGCACUGCCCAACCACAGCGUCAUAGCCGCUGUGCGUGACCCGGGCCCCGGUACCACAUUGAUGACGGUCCAAUACAACGCCGGCAAGGAGCAGAGUGCUGUGGACGCCGUCGCCCAACUUCAGACGGAAAACGGCAUCGACCACCUGGACAUCGUCGUUGCCAACGCCGGCAUCUCGAAGCAGUGGCCAUUGGUCAACGACGUCCACUUGGCCGACAUCCGAGAGCAUGUCGAGGUCAACGUCCUGGGUGUCGUCUCGCUGUACCAGGCAACGCGCCCCUUGCUGCAACAGCAACAACCCCCGGUGCCCAGCGCCUCGUACGGGCCAUCAAAGGCCAUGCUCAACUGGUACGGGGUCCGGAUCAACGCCGAGGACGAAUGGCUCAUUUCCUUCAUACUGGACCCCGGUUGCGUUCAGACCGACAUGGGAAACAGGGCGGCGCAAGCCUGGGGUAUGGGCGAGGAGGCGCCUGUCGAGCUCGAUGACUCUGCCGACGGUAUGUUCAAGGUCCUCACAGCGGCCAUCAAGGGGACAGUGGACGGGAAGCUUAUACUGUACAGUGGCGAGAUUCGGGAAUGGUGAUCCUGAUGGGAGAAUGGGACUUUGGACUCGCCAGGAACGCACGAAGAACGAAGACGGCGCGUUGGACUAUUGGCUUAUGGCUUCGGGCUGAAGCUAUCGGUGCCACUUUUCCGUUGCCAUCCAGCAGACGGCUCGGCAGAUACGAGGGAAUUUUGCGAGAGCAAGAGCUAGAUAAAAGG